AUGUCUUCAGUCCGCCCUUUGUUCGUGAUCGCUGGUAUCGGCAAUGGCACCGCUGCGACCGCCCGUCUCUUCGCCAAAUCUGGCUACAGAGUCGCCCUGUUCUCCCGAGGACCAGAUUACCUCAGUAAACUCGCUGCAGAGAUCAACCAAGCAGGCGGAGAGGCUGCAGCAUUCCCUCUCAAUGACUACACCACAGCAUCCAUCAGGUCAGCGUUCGCUUUCCUCAAACAAGUUCGUGAGUCGAUUGACACCAACAUUUUAGUGGCUUUCGCCUUUGCACGCGAGGUCCUCCUUGAGUUCACAAAGCUCUGGUCUGAGACCGCGAAUGAGGGCGGAGUUGCUGGCAAUGCUCGUAAAAGGGGCACCCUUAUUUUUACUGGCGCAACGGCUUCUAUCCGAGGCAACGUCCUGACCUCUGCAUUUUCUGCGAGCAAAUUUGGGAUAAGGGCUUUCAUUAUCGACGGCACCAUCAUCACCGACCGCGCCAAAUCUCGUCACUUCAGCCUGUCUCGGGUGGUUAAUCAGGAUGUUCUACUUGAUUCUGAUUAUAUCGCAAAGUCCUACUUGCACCUCGUCGGGCAAGAUAUGCGUCCUGCUCACGAAAAGUGGUGA